CGUUGGCAGGAAGAAAGCCAGUCUUAAAUAGGUCAGACCGACUCCUUCAACAAUUAUUUCAUGACAUCUCCCCACCCCCGUUUUCAAAAUCCACAAUCCAAUUCUCCUCUUCAACAAUUUCAAUUGCUUCGAUCAUCCUUUAAUCUAUCCAAUCACAGAUGGAAUCUACCAAAGAGACAGCUGCUCCAGAGGGCCCCAUUCUCUGCGUCAACAACUGCGGCUUUUUCGGGAGUGUGGCGACCAUGAACAUGUGCUCCAAAUGCCACAGAGAGAUGAUAUUGAAGCAAGAAAAUGCCAAACUUGCAACUUCAUCCAUCGAUGACAUCAUCAACGGGGGUGGUUCAGGGAGUGAUGUCGGAAAGGAUGUUGCGGCUGCUGAUGUCAUCAACGCCGCAACCCAAACCGCCACACCGGUGGAGUUGAAUGUGUUUCCACUUCAAGCAUGUUCUGACGGCUCAUCUUCAAGUGAAGUCCCCGAGGUGAAAGUGGGACCCAAGAGAUGCUCCACUUGUCGUAAACGGGUUGGCUUAACGGGCUUCAACUGCAAAUGCGGUAAUCUUUUCUGCUCUGCUCAUCGUUACUCUGAUAAACACGAGUGUCCGUUUGAUUACCGAGGUGCUGGUCGUGAUGCCAUUGCCAAGGCUAAUCCGGUGGUGAAAGCUGAAAAGCUUGAUAAGAUAUGAAGAAUGGGAAUCGGUCAAAAGGUAGUCAAAGUAUGAAGAUGGUUACUUGUAUUACUCAAAAAAGUCUAUAUCCAUGUCUUCUAAAGUUGCCAAUUUAAAUCCGAUCUUGAAUGACGUGAAGACGGGACCGUGUUAUGGACAUACUUAUUCUACUUGUUGAUUGGUAGGGAUGAUUCGGUUUGGUUUGUUUCGGUUCGGUUCCAUUGCGUGUUUUGUUUGUCUUAAAAUGUAUUGCAUGCAUGGAUCUUUCUGUGUUAAAUCUGUAAUUUGUUCUCAUUAGUAGUCUCUUGAUCUUA